UGCAUGAAUUUUUCAUUAUCUCGAAAGACCAAAAACCUACGCUGAUUUUAAAUAUUAAUGAAAUAAUAACGCUAACCUGCGAAUCCCACACUAAUACUAAAACCGCCAAAAUACUGAUACGAGCUAUUGACGUACACCAUAGGAACGAGAAAGUGUUUACUCGAGUGAAACCGAUCAGGGCAGCUAAAGUAUGAAAAGCUGAUAACAGGGAAUUCCUUGUGGUCUUACAGAACAUAGAAAUAACCCCACAUUAUCAGAGAGCUGUAACGCAUGGUUUAGAUAUGUUUUUACUGGACAAAUCGCGUAUAACGAUAAAUGAUUUACGCCAGGUGUCCCAAGCGUCACGAGAAGCCAGACUUGACCAGGAGCUCGCCCGCUUCGAGGACUGCCUGGAAAUUACCUUAGUAGAUAAGACGAGGUUCCUUGAAGAUCUUUACCGAAGAUUGCAGCAACUCACAAGUAGAUGGCGGUCAUGGCAUCGAGGCUCAUCGAGCACGGGAGGCCGAGGGACACAGUUCAUUUCAAUUGGACAGAUUGAGGAACUGGUAGUAUGGGAUCGUACGAUCCAUACCAAGCACAGAACAUCGACAGACACAUCCGCAGGAGAUGAAGACAAGCCAAUCGACACGCUCAUUCGAUUUUUGCAAGCUUGCAAGGAUUCUCAAGACCUGUAUGACCAGUUUGACCAUAAUCUAUACCGACCUCUCAACGAGUUUUUCAAAGAUGAGCAAGUCAAACCACUGGCGCAGGCGCUCGUUGGCGUUAUGGGGCGCUGGAAGGGACUCCUUUCUCCAGGUCCCAUCAAUCACCGAAUGUUCAGCGCAAAAAGCGCAGAUGCAGUCUACUACAUGGACCUGACCUGCCGACCACGUGACUCCCAAUUUAACCUCGUUCUCAGGCUCGUCCCAGACCUCUCACUCAAGGCUUUCGAGGCUUUUUGUCUUGCAAAGCAGUGGCGCUCUAGCGUGGGUCCAGCCGGAUACACGCGCGAGUUGAACUAUAUUUAUUCCAAAUGGAUACCAGAGAAACGUGGUGCAGAUAGUGAUUUUCAUUGUAAAGCCAUCGGAGGUAAGUCAGCGAUUAAGAAAAGCUUUGAGCUGAUGACCAAUCAGGAGAGGCUUCGCGAAGUGCAGAGUAAACUGUGUGCGACUGAAAAAGUCAUUGCGAACUCAUCCGAGCAUAUGCAUGAUACGAGCUCAGAGGCGCAUCGCCUGUCGGGCGCAAUCGGAACCACUCUUGAACAGCUCGGAUCCAUGAGACAAAAAGUAAAGACUGCGCGUUUUGCGCGGGGAGAGAUCGUCCGUGGAAUGGGCCGAACCAAGGGCUACAUCGAUAUGCUGCAAGAAGAGAUGAAGAGAGAGCAACAAGAGAUCCAAAGGAUUCGUGCAAGGCUUAUUCAAUCAGAAAUUAGCUGGAAGUACACUAACAACCGCGAAAUGACUAGGGUGCUUGAAGACGACCUUGCCGAGUCCAUAGCGAGAUGCCAGCACCUCCGUACGGAGAUCACCCGGGCGGAAUCCGGAUACGGCAUUCAAAAAAAUCGACAUCGCUCGGCAUGCGACCGACUGAACGACGAACGCGACGGGCUCGAGUCGAUCAAAUCUGAGCGCGUCGCGAUUAGCCGAAAGCUACUCAAGUCCCGAGACAAGCAAAGGGUACACGAAAAGAGGUUGGUCACUGCCGCUGACAAUUUUAACUCACUAAAAGAGGAGCUGAGACAGAGCAAGCUGACUCAGAAUGUACUUAUACGGCAGAUGCUACAACCAAAGCAGGAGGAGCGUCCUUGGACUAAGACUUUGUAGAUAGACUUUUACGGCAGAUGCUACAACCAAAGCAGGAGGAGCGUCCUUGGACUAAGUCUUUGUAGAUAGACUUUUACGGCAGAUGCCACAGCCAAAGCAGGAGGAGCGUCCUUGGACUAAGACUUUGUAGAUAGACUCAGAUAAGUCACCUACUGUAAAUGAAUUAAGGGAACACCCCCCUUAUCUAAAAUUCGCUCCUCUUAGCUCACGAGUUUGUAUUGAGCGCCAUACUCUUACGCCUCCUCUAUUAAACGAAAACAGGAGAUUUCCCUCAUAAAGUAACACUCAAACGCCCCCCGAGGAGGAGGUUAAACUGUCAUAACAAAUUAUUAUUGUAUUGUAACGUGCAACGUUUAUUAGCUCACGUUUGUGGUAUUUUGACCUUUCUAUAACAUCUACAACUAUAACUUCUUAUAUCUUAUGCCUUCUUACAAAUAUUUACAGAUUUUUAAAAUAACAAAACAAUAAAGCCUAACCAGACA